AUGUCGAAUACAUUUUAUUUAAUUACAGUUUUAAUUCUUGUAUUAAAUACAAUAAAUGCAAAAGUUAUCAUAACAUCUAAUGGGCCUGUUAGAGGAAGUCUCGUUACUCACGAGAACGUGUCAUAUAUUGCUUAUCGUGGCAUUCCUUAUGCGGAAAAUCCUACAGGUGCAUUACGAUUUCAGCCUCCAGUUCCCAAAAAAAAAUGGACUCACGUUUUAAAUGCUUCUUCAAACGGUCCAGUUUGUAUUCAACCAGAGGGUGCCUACAAGAAACAUCAAAUGGGAGAAGAUUGUUUAAGAAUCAAUGUCUACGUUCCGGUAAAAAAAACAAACACAUCCCUCUUACCUGUAUUUGCUUUUAUACAUGGGGGAGCAUAUAGAAUUUUAUCUAAAGAUUCUGAUGUUAUUUACGACCCGUAUUUCUUUAUGAAAAAGGGAAUAAUAGUAGUCACAAUGAACUACAGAUUGGGAGCUUUAGGAUUUUUAUCGCUCAAAACACCUGGAGCAUCUGGAAAUAAUGGACUAAAAGAUCUUGUACUAGCCCUUCAAUGGGUAAAGGAGAAUAUAUGCAAGUUUGGAGGAGACUCAACAAAAAUAACUGUUGGUGGAAACAGCUCUGGGAGCUCAAUGGCGAAUUAUUUACUGUUGUCCAGAAAAACUACAGCAUUGAUUCAUCGUGUAAUAAUGUUCAGUGGGAGUGCACUGAAUUUCAGGUUUCUGCAACGAUAUCCAAUAGAGAAUGCUAGAGAAUUAGCGAGUGGUUUAGGGUUAUCAAUCAAUGAUACCGAUAUUUUGUUGCAAAACUUAAAAACGGUUAACCCCUUUGAUAUAGUUGAUGCUCAAGAAAAUAUGUACAAAAAAAGCAGAAAUCCCAUCAUUACUUUUGCACCAUUCGUGCCUACUAUUGAAUCAGAUUCUGCUGAUGCAUUCUUAACUGAAGAUCCAACCUCUAUGGUAAAAAAGGGAGUAAUUCAAAAUGUACCCGUAUUAGCGGGAAUUAAUUCUUUAGAAGGGAUUACAUUUUACCAUAAAAUAGUAAAUAACAAAACACUGUUAAACGAUUUGGAGAAUAACAUUCAUUUAACAGUUCCAAACGAUAUUGAAUAUCCACGGAACUCUACAGAAUUUCGAAACUUAGUGCAAUCCAUCAAAGAAUUGUAUUUUAAUUCUACAGACACGAGUGCUUUAAACAAAUACUUUCGAAUAUUUUCGGACAUAGCAUUCACGCAUAAAGUCGACUAUUUCAUUUAUUUACACAAAAGAAACCCACAAAGCAACAAAGUUUUUUACUACGAAUUUGAUUUCGACGGUGAUUUGAACUGGGGUAAACUAUAUCACGAUAUUCAGUACCCUGGAACUUGCCACAGCGAUGAAUUAGGAUAUUUAUUUGUCACUAAUGCAACUAAAGAAAACCUAAAAACUUUGGAUAACAAAAGUAGACACGUAUUGAAUAUUAUGGUAUCAGUUAUGUCCAAUUUUAUAAAAUUCGGAAAUCCAACCCCGUCCUGUGACAUGGGUAUAUGCUGGACAGAAAGCAACUGCUCUAGAAAUCAUAUCGUGUUGAAGGAAAUUCCUGUAUUGAAAAACAACUCACCGUACCCAGAGAGAUUCACGUUUUGGAGCGAAGUUUAUAAACAAUUUUACAAAUACGUUAGGGACGGUGGUAAACUCACAAAAAUUCUAGCUUAGAAUUCAGCGAUAGCACGUGUUAGAAGAAUACUUAGGUAACAAUUUUUUUUUAAUGUAUUUUAAAAUUUUUUUAUAUCCACAAAGUAACAUAGGUCAAAGUUAUAUAAUUAUGGAUGUUAUUUGGUGUUGGCAUAUUAAUUAGUUCGCCCAUUGUUACAGCAUGUAAGCAAAUUAAACGGACUAAACUAAAUUAUAUUAUACUUAUAUAUACUAAUUACCAUUACAGUUACUAUUAAUUCGCGUUUUAAAGAGUUAUUCCAAAUAUAUUUUCACUUAACUCAACCGCGGUGUUAACUCAGAAAUCUUUUGAGAUUACAAAUUUUUACUGCGAUACGAUUUAUAAAUUGCGAUAAGUGAAUAAUUUGAUUAAGUGAAAACUCGAUAGUAAUGGUAAAACGGUUGUGUUUUACUGAAGUCUUCUUUUUUUUAAUCAAAUUUCAACGCUCCCAAUGCGGGAUUUUCUCCUAUUACCUACAUUUGUGCUGAAAAUUUCUACACCGGACAAGAAUAAGAUAAAGAAUGCCCAAAUUCUAAAUAGUAAAUAGAUUAUAAUAUUGUGAUUUAUUGAAUAUA